GGGGGGAGGAGGGAGUGUGAUGUGGGGCGGCUCCUCUCUUUCCCCUCCUCUCGCUCCCUCUCCUCCUCUUCCCCCCCAGUCCGCCCAGCGGUAGACACCGUCAUUCCGCCUCCUCGUUCCUCACUUGUUGGAUGUGACCGUGUAAAUUUCUGGGUCCUCGUGGUUGUUUGCUCUUCCUGGAGUAUAAGGAAGACCCUUCUCGCGCGUGAAGGUGAAAGCGUGUUAACGUUUUACCCGCGCGUAAAAGGCACUUUUCUUAAAUAUCCACCCUGCUCACUCUGUGGGUUUACAUAUCGUGACUAUGCUGCGAUUUUUCGGUGUCUGCUCGUUUGCGUUUCCGUCCCUCUGACCUCUAGUCUGCGGGUCCCACAGCGGGGGUGUUUGGCUCUCCUUGCGGUGUUGUGCGCUCUGGCUCAUCCUUGGAGAAGUUCCGCAGCAGUUCGUCCCAUGCACCUUCUCUGUUCCUCUGCCGUGCUUUCCUCCACCUCCUUUUGCUGCGAUCAGGAUGCUUGUGGCUUUUCAUGGUCGCACUCUUCAGGAUUAAUGUGAGCUAAACAAACGGACCAUGUAACCAGACCAGGUAUGUGCAAAAACUCAAAUUUGUCAUAUUCGCUGAAAAGAAAGCUAUUGAAAUGUUAAUGAGUAUGUAGAUACUUCUUUGACUCGUACCCUUAGUGCAAAGAGUCUCCAAUAUCUACUUGAAGUGGCAAAAAUGUCACGGUUCACAUUGAAAACUACUCUUAAUUCAUCGUGAAAUGUGCCUUUAAGGCUGGGAGAAGAGAGGAAGGACAGUGGAGCAGCUCAGCGUGAGCUGAAGUCUUGGGGUUUUGCCAUUUUGCUGCUGCUGUGAUCUUCUCUCACACUGAUUCAGUCUGGUCUUUGGUGGCCUGCUGUGCGGCUGCAUGGCAUUUAGUUAAAGAAGGAAAAGACUGCUCCAUUUCUAAUUGGAAAAAUGGAGGCAGCCACUGUACAGGCUGGUGGCUGAAUUCCCACUUUUGUCACCUCUGCUGAUGAUAUUCAGUCAUGGAGCAUUUUGGACAGAAAGAGGGCACAGGGUGAAGGUCCUGAGUCUCUGCAGAGCACUCACUGCUGAGCACUGCUGGAACUCCCACUGGGGCCCAGCUUUGAUUCAAUUUGAAGUGCGUCAUCGAAUUUUGCACUAAACACCUUUGUAUGAUGUUACCAACUUAAUGGAGGAUUGCUUACAUAAGAGGUUCAACAUUAGAAAACAAAAAAAAAAAUUCUGGUUGUGACGAGGUAGAGAGAAGGCGUCUCCUGAUCUGCUUUCAAUUCAAAAAGAUGAAAAAAAGGUUCCAUAUUUUUUAUAAAGCAGCGUUUCAGUCUGAGAGAGGACAAGUCUCUGCUUCUACAGUGUAGCAGCGAGCUGUACCUGAACUAAACUGUGCAGCAGCAUCAGUGUUUGAGCACAACUAGGCGCAGGAGUGCUGUAUGGGGGAGAGAAGUUUGAACAAAUUUAGGGGUCCAGGUCUGAUGGGGGCCCCUAAAUUGUACAUUUUACAGUGGAGAAAUGUGUGUGUGUGUUUAGUUUGUGUGUGUAUGUGUGUGUUUGGGGGGACACUAAUUUGGCAUGGUACCUAAAAUGCUUGGCAGUGCCCCUGGACAUCACCUGUGCACUUGAAGAUUAAUAUGUCUGUUCCUUCCGCGUUUGUGUUCCUGCAUCUCUAAAUGCAAUGCACUACUACACAAAGAAGCAGGUGAAGCCCUCCUUGCCUCUGUGUGCAUGGUGGCUAAACAGCAGUGAGCUUUGUGCCGGGUAUUGAUCUCCAGCAGCUAGCAGCAGGUGCUGUGCUGCUCUGACCCAUUUCUCACAGAGGAAGCUGCAAAAUGCAGCUUGACUAAAGAACUGUUGAGCAGCCUCCCUAUAUCCCCCCCAUCUUAAACACACACACCACACUCACACGCUUCUUAAUUCCUCCACCUCCAGUGGCUGAGAUUCGGCAGGAAGUGGACUGAUUUCCCAGAGGAGUCUGCAGUCAGGGCUGUCACAGCUAACACAGCAGCAAUAGACAAAUUAUAUUUAAUACACAGGUUGUAUAACAGUGGGCUGUGCCAACGGUUCAAAACACCAAAAUGAAAUUACAACUAGCUGCUAGUCAGUGCUGGGAUAUUAUAUAUCAGCCUCCCUGGCUGGGAAACUAAAUAUUUGAUCGACCCCGGUUAAUUUAGGAAACAGUUAGCCUGAGCAGCCGUAUUAGUCAAGACAAAUCCUCAUGGAUCAUCAUUAUCGCUGCUGGGAGACAAAUUCUUCAGCCAUAUAGUAGAUAUUUUAUAUGUCUCCUUUUUGCAUCAGAAAUAUUUGGAAGAUUGACCCUUUUUAGACUCAGGAAAGCUUUUUCUAAACCAAUUGGAUAAACCUCAAGAUUUCAGCUGAAAAAUAAAAAGAUAAAAUUGUUUGGCAGAGAAAAUUCUGGUUGCAAAUGCCUCUUUCAUCCGAUAGAGCACUGAAAACAAGCCAUGUAAAGACACCAGGAUGCUAAAAGCUUAACCCCUUUUUUUCUGCUAAUGUGUGUAAAGUUGUUUUAUUAAUAUCAGUGUGGAAAUUUGCAUCGACUGGAUAAAAAUAAAAUUUUGUGGUAGAUUGAACAGAGACUUUAGUCUGCCAUAGCUGACAGGCUGCUAACUGGCUAGCAGGCUAGAAGAGGAGAUUACCUUUGUCAUUUGAUUGUGGAAUGAUUUUGUAUGAUUAAUAAAAACUAGUUUGUGUAGUUUUUACACAAAGUGAAUCUGAGUGAUGUUAUUCUUCUAAAAUAUGGUUAUAUUUUUUUAUACAAUCUGAAUGUCUCUUUCAGUUUGACAUGAAAUACAACUUCCAAGCAGAUUACAUAUUUCAUGCUACUGGACUGUAAAGAGUGGCCAAAAUUAGCCAUCCCUUUAUGGCUGCAGGUAGUUUCUACUGGGUUUAUAUCCAUCUGUGAAGAAAUACUCCCCCCUGUAUCAAACACCAUUUGUGUAGUUUUAGAUAUACAGAUGCCAGCACUUCUCCAGUAACAGAUAUCACUCUGUGCAGAUUUUGUACAAAGCUGUACCUUCUAUCUCAUUGCUGGUUUUGACCUUUACAUGCACAAAUAGUGCUUUUAAUCUUAGAAAAUCUCAUCCUGCUUUCCUCCAAAUCAAAUGUUUCAUCAUAGAGGGUUUGCCUUUUUAAAAAAAAAAUACAAAUGCUGUUUUAGUGCCAGCCACACAGCCAAUCACUUCACUUGACACCUAACCCCAGCAGUAAAUCCAGACAUCAAAAAUAACUUUUUUGAUGAUGAUGGCACUGAUGUACUUUAUUUUAAUUAUUCGGAUUAAUCUCACAGGAAAGCUUCAACAUUAAGAUUAGAAAUCUCUUUCACAGUCCCGGCCAGAGUGUUUAUGAUUGGCAGCAGCACAUUGCAACAAAUUCACAGACAUACAACAGAUACAUAAACAUGUCGACGUACCCUGUGACAUGUCUCCUGCUGCCAAUGCCUUCAAUCUACCUCUGAAAACUUUCACAGACCAGCUCCCUCAGACCCUAAUCCUCCUGCAGACUCUAAGCUGCAGGCGAGGAGAGGCUAUUGAUUUUGAUGCUUCAUGGUGACCUAAGAAAGCCCUAGCUCUCGUAGGUCAGAAUCAGUUUCAGUCUGUUACAUAGUCAGUUAAAACUCCUCACUGGAGCUUUAAUUCAUAAAAAGUCAGAAGCAGUAAAACAAAGAUUGAAGAAUCUUAAUUUGAGGAGAAAGACAGGCUGGCCCAAAGUCAUCUAGCCUCACAUACGGUUGGAUUCUGCGACAUGGUGUGGCACACAAUCUUGCAUCAAGUAAUUCCCACAAGAGCAGCUAGUAGCUUUAUUUAAAACAAGCCAUGCUGUUACAAAAUAAUCCAAACGUCAUAAAUGAGACAAAUCUUCUCUGAUUUUUGCGCUUUUGAAAUGAAGGUUUUCUUAGAACCAAAGUCAAGUUACAGUCGCUUCAAAAACGGCAUGUCAGUGAUCAAUUUUCUGUUUCUUGCUUUCUGAAUGCAAACUUCUGUACUUACUCUACCUCUGGUUGUAAAGCCAUGUCUGUCCUCUUCCUGCCACCACUCAGCUUGUUGUAUUUUCUGGGACAGCAGCCACAGAAAAGCAUUUUUAAGUCGUGAAAGUGGUGCACGUACAUCAUGUGUGUGUUGGCUCGGUGGUUGGGGUUGGGGUAAGUGGGGAGGGUCUUAAACUACCCUGGGAAAGUGUUUCAGUGUUCCAGGAGUGGUGUAGUGAAUUAUUAAAAAGCCCUGAAGGUUUUCCUUGCUGCUGGAUGCGUAUUUCUUGCCAUACAGUUGCGGGUUGGGUGUAAUGUAGUUACACUUUAAAGGUGAGACGUGCUGUGUCCAAACUGCUCUGCAGCAUCAGCAGGACAGGAAAAGUUACUCUGGUGUCAGAAGCACCACCUCGUCCUCAGGUCUGUUUUCACAAAGCAGCUGUGAAGAUAAAAUUAGAAUAGAUCUGAUCUCCAGAAGACGUGGUGCUUGAGGGAGAAGUGUUUGAGAAGGGAAGAUACUUUAUCAGUGUCUUUGAACAUGGCUGCUUUUAAUACAGAAAAAAAAGAGGAUUUAAUUUGUCCCACUGAAGUUUCAUACAGAAAAUGUUUUACUUAGGUGCACAAAUCUUUUAUUUUUGUUUGUAACGUCGUUUUCUGUGUGGCUGAGCCUGACACUUGGCUGUUUGAUCAAGGCAAAACUAUAACCUUACUUAUUUUGAUUGAUAUUGAUGACACAGUUAGACACAGAGACUUGGGCUUGUAUUUUGCCAGCACUCAUUAGCUCAUUGGUGCUACAGCCUCUCUCUCUUGUCUCGCUCAUUUUGUCCCUUGGCUUUUCAGUCACACACAGAUUAACACACCUGCCCCCUCCUCCUCCUCCUCCUGCUCCCAUCCCUGCUCUCCUCUCUCCACUUGUGACUGCCUGGCAGUUCAUCAGGCAGUCAAGAGAGUGGUUGUUAUUUAUUAAAAAAGUUAGCUGUGCUUUAAAGGGAUAUUCCAGCGUAAAAUUAAUUUAGGGUCAAAGACACUGUAACACUGAGUUAGGGUAAUGCAAUUUUUUAGCUUCUGUGGGACACUUUGAAUUGCAUUUUUUUGCAUGAAAAGUGCCAAAUAAAUAAAAUUGAAUUUGAAUUUAUGAUAAUUUCUUUAUGAAAAUGUAAUCAGGCCAAGACGCUAAGGCAGAAGAACUACAGCAUCUGCAGUGCAAAAUGAUUAAUAUGGUGAUUAUUUCUUCAAGGAAAUGAUAAAGAAAUGAUCAUAAAUGUUCUUCCUUGAGCUGUGUCAUCCCGCUGCACUCAGUGAUGGACUUGUCUGAGGUCAUCCUAUAAACGAAGUGUUUGCUGGAAGAGAGUAGGUGAGUUGUGUUUAGUCUCUUUGCCAAAGAAAUUGGGCAAAGCUAAAAAGAUGUUUGGUGGCUAGUGCUGUGGCUAGAACCCCAUAUGUACUGUUGAUGAAGUUAGGUGCUGUUCUGAGUGUUAUUUGUGGCUGUUGAGUGGGGUUUUGGUUGAUGUUUGUGCUUGGCUCCUUAGACCGCUGUGUAUUGCUAUCAUGUGGUUGGCCCCAUUGAUCUCUUUAGGGGGUGUCUAACUGGGUGCUAUGGUGUGUUUGACCUGAAGUUAAUUUUACGCCGGAAUAUCUCUUUAAAAGUGGAGGUACUAGAAAGAGAUAUUGUGUUGAUAUAGUCCACAUCUUUCAGUCUAUACUAUAUGACAUUCACUUAAUUUAUUACACUAUAUCAAAAAUACUAAACACUAACAGAUACAGUAACCCUGUUGUAUCACUGAUAUGUGCUUUAAUUUUGAGCUGGCAAUAUUUGUUUUCAGUUGUUUUGGUUGCUGGGCUCACAGCUCAUGACUUGCGCUGUAUCACUUUGCAUUUGAAUGUGUGUGGUAUGUGGUGUGUAAAUGUGAGUGUAGCUCUCAAGCUCAGCCGGGCUGGGUGAGGAGGAGGCCAGGCAUGAGGAAGGCUCGUUGGCAGAGCUGCAGGCCUCUGGAAGAGAAAGGCUGUUAUCUGCGAACGUAGCUCUACCGCUGCUGGCUGCUGUGUCUGUGGUGACUCAUCAAAAUCACUCACACAGACCCAUACACACACACACACACACACGCACACACACACACACACACACACACACACACACACACACACACACACACACACACACACACACACACAAACUCAUGCACAUACAGACAGACACACUUACAGUGACACCACCAGACAUAAUCAGACUGACAAACAUAAGCUUACAUAUUCACAUGGUUAAAUUCCCGCUUUGAGAUUUGCAGACAUGAUGGUUUCUUGCUGUCAAAGAGACACACACAGACAACUCAACACAAUAAACAGUCCACUUAAGCCUUUUCAAAGAUACACUUUAACAUUUGAACAAAAAGGUGCAUCAUUCUUGGACACCUUGUGUAAUUUUGCUGUUGGUUUGCAUAUAUCCAUCACUGGUUUCUGUUUCUUACUGGCCGUUUUCCUAAAUUUGUGGCUUAUUUGUGUAUUUUUGUUGGAAUUUAAUGUGUUUUUGUAGCUCUUCUGUGUAUAUUAUUUUAUGAUUUUCUACAUCAGUCAUUUUUGUGUUGUGGUUAUUUGCCUUGUAGCUACCUCAUGUCUCUUUAUUUCUCUGUAGUUAUUUUUUAUCCUGUCGUUGACCUUUUUUUUGGUCUCUUUUUAGUUUAUUUUAUGAAUCGGCUUUUCUUGUUUUUGUGUCUCUGUAGUGAUAUUGAGAAUCUGUGUUUUUGCCAGUUUUUUUGUAUUUUUCUGUUUUACCUUGCGACAUAUGUGCACCUAUUUUUUCACUCUUGUUUUUUGCACCUUUUUGUGGUCGUUUUAAGUCUCUUAAUGGUUUGUUACUCUUUUCUCAUCAUUCGUGUCAUUUCAUUGACAUCUCAACCACACAUUGCAGAUGUGAUUUCUAACAGAUACUGUAGCGUUUGGGCUUGAACUCAUUACUAAUCCAUCCUUACCUCCUACAACCUCCUUGCCCUUAAUUUUACCAUCUUUUCCUGCUUGAAAUCAAAUCUCCUGUUUUGAGUCUGAACUUAUCCUGCCAAGGAAAUGCUCCUCUCUCCCCUGUGGCGCAGGGACGUUUUUAUUUUUGUUGUAAAAGCUUGUUUUUUUCCUUUGAUGUCACUAUCCACCAACUCCCCAACUGUGUUUUAUUCAUCACAAUUUGAAACAUAGACCGAUCCUGUAGCAGCUCUCUUACGCAAGGAUUGCUUGAAGCUUAAAUUCAAACAUUUACACUUUCAAGAAGCAGCUGUGCAUAUUCUCCAACACACAGAGAUCUGUAAUACAGUCCACAGAUGGCCAAGGACUGAAUAUCGAGGAGGGCAAAGGUCAGAGGCCAAAGAACUGAGGUUAUACUCCUGUGAGUUGAGGUGAAGUGUUAUGAUUGUGAUCAGUCUGUCCACUCAGCUCAUCCUUUCUCCGUUUCACACCAAAAAUCCUUAUUUCCAAGUAUCUUACACAUGACAAAACAACUCUACAAGUAACAUUAAAUGCAAGACAUAACUAGCUCAACUUGACCAAAUACUCUUAACCCCUUUGUGAUGCAGUAAAUCACAUGCUCAGAUGAUUUUGUUUUCUGAAGGGACUUCAAUUGUGACAGGAAACCCUGUGUUGUUGAUUUCAUUACUUAAAGCUCCCAUAAGGAGUUUUUUGAUGUAUAUAAAAUAGAUGGAAAAGUUGUAUCAGAGGGAUUACUUCAGAGAGCCGUCUCUAAACCAUCAAAUAUAAUCUUAAAAUUGCUUGAAGCUUAAAGGUUUCUCUGUCCUGCAUGAAGGGGUGCUGUUAUUCUUAAGAUGAAACGUUGUGUUUGUUUAUCAUGACUCAAAUAAAUACGGCAUUAAGACUGAGCAGCUGCUUAUUUGCUUAUUUUCAAUGUUUAAUUCAAAAGAAUGGAGCUAUAACAUCUGUGGCAAGAUUACUCUUGGCUGCACCCCAGAAAACAUUUACAUUAUUGACAUCUUCAGAAGAUUUUUGUCAGUUCUAGAGUUUCACUGAUGCUUUUCUUAAGUAGCCUAACCGUCUUAUUGCAGGAAGUUAAAUGAAAUCAUGAUCAGUCACGUUAUGCAGAGAGAUGAGAUGAGAUCUGAGUCGUUGUUUGUCCUGGAAGUGUCCCCCUUGUGUGUGUGUCUGCCUGGCUGUUUGCAGGAUGGCACAGUGGAUUCAGUUACAGUACUACAGUCCUUUAAGCUGAAGGUCACAGGUCUAGUUUUUUUUUUUUCUUCUUUUGCACAGCUGUGUGUUGAAACGGCCUUGAGCAGUACUCUGAAAUUUGCACCUACUCAAUCAAUGUAGGGCUGCCGGCCAAGCAUAUGGCUUUCAGGCCAGUUUAUGUCUAAUUUAUCUACUGUGACAGAUGUGGGAAAAGCUUGGUAGUGUUCAAAGGUUGACAAAUGUUGCUCUGGCUUUACAGACUCUGGUGACAGACUGUUCAAGGUUGACAUAUUUUACAUUUCAAGCUCGUUCAUCAAAAUGGCUUCAUGGACACUUCAUGAAAUGUCAUGGCUGCACAUCUUUUGGGGACAGAAUCUACUUUCGAUCCUUAAGAUAUAAAUGAAAUUUGAAAUUUAAUUAUUUGAUUUUAUUUCAAAUCUGCCAAACUGCAGUUGAAAGAAGUAUCAAAAAUCUGAAUUGCCACCUCAACUGAACCUGAACUAUGGAAAAACCUUGUGAAUUAUUACUAAUUCAAUCAGUUUAACCUGCUAAUGGAUUAAUCACUGAACAGAUAGUUUUAGUUUUCAAAUUUGAAGGUGCUAGGAGGCUGCACCACAUUUUACUAACUGCUACAGCUUUGCGAGACAUAUGCUGCGUUUGAGUUUCCUCGGAAGUCAGAUGUCUGAGCUGGGAAUGAUGUCACACCCAAGUUACCAGCGUUUCAGUUGCCAAGUCAGAAAAAAGCUAAAUCGGAGGCGGAAACAAGAUGUUGCAGAAGGACCGCAUAUUUGUCCAGAAGUUGCUUAUAUUCGGACAAGGCAAGCAGUAAAAUAACUUUUGUAGAUGUAGCCAUCUUGUUUCAGCCAUCUUGAUGUAGCCAUCUUGUUUCUGUGACGUCACACCCGAGUUACUAGUGUUUCAGUUACCAAGUCAGAAAAAAGCAAAAUCUGAGGCGGAAACAAGAUGUUGCAGAAGGACUGCAUAUUUGUUUCUGCCUCCGAUUUUGCUUUUUUCCGACUUGGUAACUGAAACGCUGGUAGCUCGGGUGUGUAAUCCCAGUUCAGACAUCUGACUUCCAAGGUAACUCGAACGCAGCAUAAAAUUUAAGGUAGCUUACGUGGUGGCAACUGUAAUGGUAGCCAUGGUAACAAUAAGAAUAGCUAAUGUUGGUCACACUGCUAACAUGAAGUAGCUCACAGGAUAUUGGCUAACUCUAAGGCAGUGGUCUAGUUUCGCCUGGGAAAACGAGGACAUUUAAGCUGGUGGUCAACAACACAUUGAACCAAACCCACAGUUUUGCUGCUCUGUUCCUGCGCAGCACUUCAGCCUUGCCUAGUUCCCGUUGGCCCUGCUUAUGUGUCCACACUCUCUCAUUUAUUAACUGUCACAGAUAAAACGUCCAUGUGAAUGUAUGCUAAUGUAAUAUUGGAGGUACAUUACUCCCUCACAGAUAGAUAGAAGCUGAACCAUUUCAUUUCCUUUUUAUGAGACUGUGGUGCUGACCAGCAGAAUGGAGGUACAGUAAUUACAGCUCCCUCGGCCGCCCGCUGCCCCGUCCGAGCCUCACUGCUGCCAAGUGUGAAAGGGAAGCUGGCAUAUCGCAGGACAGCAGAGUGGGAGCUGAGCAGCUUUAAUGAAACCUCUGCAAACCUCGUAAAGCAGCGAGACGCAGGGCUGUAUGCAUGUUUAACGUCAAGUCUAUUUCCUGCCCAAGUUCUUUGCUGUGAAUCUGUCUGAACUGCACAUAAAUUAACUGGAAAAUCAAUUAAAGCCUCCCAGUGUGAAGUGGGAAUGAGUCAGGGGCUCAAUGGUUGGAGCUGUCUGCUUUGGAGGCUGAAGUUUGUCGAUUACAUUGUUUUUGAUGAAUCUUUAAGACUGAACUCAUACCAAGAUAAAAGGAAAGUCUUUCAAAAAUAAACUUAGCAGCACCUGAAUCACACAGAGAUAUCACAGAGUCAUACAGUAUGUGCAACACAGAAAGCUGAGAAACUAAGCUAAGAGACAUCAGCAGAGCAGGUUUAUGUAACUCUUGAACAAGCUGUGGUUGUGUCUCGUUUCUUCCCAAGGCAUGCUUGGAUAGAGACCUAGUGGGUAAAGCCAACAAGUUUACUUUAUUAUCUUGGACUUUAGCUUAAAAUAACUGCCAGUCAAGCACUACAGAGAAUAAUCAGUGAGUGGAAACAGAUGCUUCAGCAAAACUGCCAAGUGUAGUUACAGUAACGCCUUUUGUAGGUUUGACUUUUCGCCUCAUUUUUCGAGGUUAUUCCUGAUUUUGACGACGCGCUAAUUCAUGUUUUGUUCUCUCAAAGUUAGUUGUGCUGAAUAUAGGUAUACAGCAAGUCUUAAGUUAACUUAUCUGUGAGUAGUAGGUUAAACAUUAAAACUGUUGACUUCAUAGAGAACAAUGUGCUUUAAUGUCCAAACACCCUGUGAAAUAUGAAGCCAGAUGACUGCUUUGAUAGGUGCCAACAUGUCACACUGGUGCAGUCAGGGCAUGAGCUGAAUGACCAAGAUACAUGUUUAGCUUAGUGGUAACACCUCAUAGAUCCUUCAAGUCAGUAUAAAGUCCACAGCAGAAUAGAUUCUUGAUGACAAAAGUUUGUUUUAAACAGAUAUUCAACGUUUACCGAAAGCUCAGUGACUCUUGUUGUUUUGGAGUUAGGAUUCUCACUCGCCUGUCCUUACCUGCGUUACCUGAGGAUUUGUCAACAGAGCUGUCAGUCAAUAAUUAAUUUGGACAUAAAUCAGCCUAAGAAACAUCUAUAAUGACAGAAAUCAUGUUUAAAAAAAUAUUAUUUGAUGUUUAAUUUACCUUCAUAGUGCAUACCAUGUCCCACCUGUUUCUAUGGAGUAGGCAGGAGUUAAUACUGCAGUCUGUCAGUAAGAGAACCUCUAAAUCUUUUGGGUUUACAGUCAAUGAACACUUAUGUCACCCAUUUUAACAUACUGUCAGUAUAUUAACAGUAGUAGCAGUAGUAAUGCUCACAGUGAUAGAAGUAGUUCAAGCUGUCGUCACAGCAACAGAGGGGGUCAAGAGAUAAGACUGUAAUCCUGCUGGCCCGGGUAUCUGGCAAUAGACCUUGAUGAAAAGAGAGGAAAUUGAAUUUGUAUUUAAAAAUUACUGUGAGUAAUGAACCCCUCUCUUUCCAUGUGAGUAAAGGUCUUCACCACAUCCUGAGUCACAGUGAGCUUUUAGAAAGGCUGAAUCAGGAGCUGGCAGGCUUGAGUACAGUGGCCUGCAGAGCUGCAUAACAGCAUAAUGUACACAGUUAUAAAUCUGCCAACACCAGAACAUGGUCCAGAUCCGACGGAGAAAGACUGAAAGUGUGGUCCAACUUUCUCUCGUCCCAUCUCUCUCCAUCUUCACAGGGACAAGGGGAUUUUACCGCCUCUAUUGAUCAUGUACUUUUAUAGGGCCAAGAGGGUCAUUGUGGGGACUGGAGCUUCGCAAUCUUUGCCUCCUUUGCCCCAGAUGACCUCAAGCAAAAUCAAGUAAUUGAACUAAAUGUUUGGUGUCAUCAAUCUCAGCCCACUCGGCCGUAACUGCUGGGACAGCUUUAGGGUGGAGAUGAGAUAAUGGCUCAUUGAGCUCCUGAAGGUGUCUCAGUACAUGGAGAAGGUUUUGAGGUCAAAUGUUAAUGUGAGUGCCUAAUCUACUUUCAUGUCGAGCACUUUCCUAUUAAAAACAGAUAGAUGUAAUGUAGUGAGAGAUAAUUUGUUUGGAUUAAACCAAAGCACCGAAACACAAGGAUCCUAAAGGGUUUAUCUGUUUACUUUGGUUUGCUUGCAUUGUUGUUGUAACAUGUGUAACAUCCUUGCCAUUUGUGAUUGUUAGCUAUUUUCCAUUUGUCAACUUUCUAAACAUAUUUAAUCUCAGUUUUCUGCAUCUAUGCUGAAAAUUAGGUUCUCUUGUGUCAAAUGAAGUGCAAAAAUGUAUAACUCAUUGGUGAUGCCACUCAGACAUAAAGGGGUCCCACAUGGGUCUAUCUUUGGUCCCCUUUUGUUUGCUAUGUACAUGUUUCCCCAGGGGGAAAUCCUGUGCAGGCAUGAUAUAGACUUUCACAACUGUGCAGAUGACCUUUAGCUCUAUACACUGUUAAAACCUGGCUCCACUUAGGUUAUAGUCAAAUCUGGAGUCAUUGUCACUACUCUCCCUGUAUUUACAUCAAUAAUCUGUCCUCCCGCCUGGAUGCCUUAUCUAACAAUGUUCGCAAAGAGGUCAUUUUUGACUCCAUCCUUUCCUUUGGCACUCAGGUGACCGGGGUUAUACUGCCAUCUUUGCUCAGUACAGCCAGUUGACUAAAACAGGUCUUUUCUUCAUUUUCCUGACUUAGAAAAAGUUCUUCAUAAUUGUGUCUGAAGCCUCAAAUUAUUAUUGAAGUAUUGGAUUUUAUUUGUGAUCUGUUAUAAUUACCUUUUUGUGUGAAUUUAACAGCCUCAUUUUGGCUUUUUAUAACCCAGCCAUUAACUGCUUUGUUUUUAUCUUUAUUUAUUUACUGUUUCUAAUUAUAAAGCCUUUUUUAACAAGUUUUGGUAUGCGCUUUAUAGAUAAAACUAAUUAUUAUUUUAGCAAGCUGUACUCCCUUUGAAUACACCUUUGGUGAGUGGGAUUAUUGUCAGGUGUAGGGCUUAGUUUUACCUACAUUUUGUCCAACAUUAACUGAACACUGUUGCCAAAUCAGAGUAAUUAAUCCAUUGAGUAAUCCACUGUAAAGCUCAAUCUUCUGUGCCUUACAAAUCAGUAGAUGUGUCGGGGUUAAACAGGGCCAAAAAUAGUACAGAACAAAUGCAGAUCAUGCCUCAGCACUUCAGCACCAAGGACAGCGCAUAUUCAUUUACAGUAUAGUACAGUAGAUUACCCACAGAUUUUCAGCUGUACAGAUGUUCCCCUUUAAAACAUGCCACAUGGCACCAGUGUAACUGAAUUAAAAAAUGUGAGAAACAAAUUAUAACUUUUUAUUUUCGUCAGGUCUUCUCCAAACAUGUCUUAGCUGUGUAUAACCUGCUGCUGCUGUCACUCUACCAGAAAGCUGUCAUAUCUGAUUCUGAUUCUUCCAUCGUGUGAAGUUUCCAUUUCAGCUUUGACAAAUUAGUUUCUUUCUGUUUUGACAUAUUAUUCAUGAUUCUAUUUUUAAUUCCAGUCUUUCUGUACCAACCUCCUGUUUAUUUUUCACAUCGCACCCACUCGUUUUAACAAAUAACAGUUUACACAAACAUGCUAAUGCAAACGCAGAUGCCAAUGCUUGGCCAUAGCAGAAUCGACACAGACAGAAACAGAGAGAUGACAGCUUUUGGAACACCAGAUAACAGGAUUAGACAAAUUACAUUUCAACGGUGACUGUGAAUCCAGUUUGAAUACAUGGCUUGUUUUCUCAGUGUUAACACAGGAGCUGUAAUGCUGUCGAGUGGUUUCCAAACUUAAAAUAUGUGCUGAAAUUUUUCCUAAAUUAUUGUCGGAGAAGACGGGCAGCGUGUGUGUGAGCUGCUGACCAGACCCACACCUUCAGUUUUAGGUGUAGAGAAAGAAGUAUGCUAAGAGGACCAGUUCUUGGGCAUAAUCCUGCACUGAUUGUGUUGAGUCAUGAACAGAUGUCAUGCUGUAUUUGGUCCUCUAGUUUUGUAAGUUGUUUACAGCUUUUUCUCUCAUUAUCUUACUAAAAUAUUUUCUCAAAUUAGACCAGAAUAUUUUCCAAGACUCACUGAAUCACGAGUCUCUAUGCAAUGGAAAAAGAUACAAAAUCUAGCGAAAUCUGAAUAAUCUUGCUGAAAUCAAAGUAAUGCGAAACCUGAGCUCCUUGUCCUAAACGAGGAGCUUGUUAUUCCACAUGGUGGCUGUUGUUCCCUUUAGACUGUUACUGAAACUGAUAUGAAGUGAACUGAAGUAUGGCUGAAAAUUUGGAAAUCUUGUGUCACAAAUACAGAUUUGUGUUUAUUGUAGGAAAGACUGACAAUGUUUGAUUGAUGGUCUGAGCAAUUUAAGUCCCAAAAAAUCAAUCUUGUAAAAAUCCCUGCAGACAGACAGUCAAAGUCCUUGAGACGCUCCUGAAGACUGAUGGCUGGGACUCCAUGGGGAACACUCCAUCAGAGCGGAGGCAACUUGCCAGAAAUUCUCAUUACUCUGAUUUGCCUAAAACAGCAUAUGGGAGGCCUGUAGUUUUGCAACAUGGAGGAUUUUUUACUCCUGCAAACAAAAUAACCCGCAGGACAGAAACAAAGGAAGGCAAUAAGGGAAGUGGGGACAGCAGAGUGCCAAUGAGCUGAUGCAACAGGCUGACAAAAAAAAAAACCCAAAUCUGAAAGACAGAUGAUUGCAGUGUUAAACCUUAGCUGUCUUAUGCCAAGUCUUAUUCUCACAUCAGUGGCAUAGACACCACUGUUUCCUAAACAUCAACACUGUUUCCAGCCUCAGGAUACAAAUAUGCUCUCCAACAUGACUGACAGGUGUCACCGGGGUAACUAGAAGGAUUAAACACUAAACUCUUUCCGCCUGGGGCUAAAAUGCAGCAGAACUAAGAGUUAAGAGAAAACUUGUCAAACAUGAGGGACUGUUUUAAAUGUGCUGAUCCCAGGAUGCAGCUCAGCUAAGACUCACAACAAGGUGACACUCAGGAAAGACUUUGUGCAGAUUUCAUCAUCCUUGAGGGGAACAAUUCACCUGAGACAUGCCUACUGUUCAUAAAGUUAUGCUCACUAGAAAUACAGCUACUGGUAUAUUACCUUUUAGAUGUAAUUCUGACUGGUGUGAAGGGAAGCUCGUAUGACAGCAGAUAAAAAAAUGUACAAAGCAGCAAAAAGCUUGUCCUAAAUCCAAGACUACUUCAAGAUCUUAGUUGCUUUCUCUUUAAUCCAUUAUGUAUAUGAAGUGCUAUAAGCUGCGACAAACGACAUGAGCUCUGCUGCCUUAAAUGUACCAGAACUAAUCAAAAUUCAUGAGCCGGCAUGUGCGUUGAACUCUUAUUUGCAGGAAGACAUUUGUGAUGAGUUUCUGUGGUGUUAUUUAGCAAAUGCAUCCGUUAUUGUGCUCUUGCUGCAGCUAUGAAAGCUCAGCUGUCUGUUUAAUGGAUGUUUUAUUAGCUUGUUCUGAUUUAUUUGGGUAAUGAUGGGAACAUGUAUGCUUGGAUGAACUCUGAAUGUGCUCAGUGUGUGUGUAUGUGUAUGUGCAUGAGUCUUAUCAGUAUACAGGGCUCCUCAGGCUGUAUAAGGGAUUGAAGGCCUCUCUAAUCUGGACCCAGUGGUGACUGAUCCAGCUCUCUCUCGGCAUGUGUGUACAGUAUGAGUGUGUUCAUUGGUGCACAGCUAUCCCAUUUGUCUCUCCAGCCUGUCAAAUACAAGUAAACUCAUAUUAAUCUAAGCAAAGUUUUCAGAGCAGGUCUUGCAGAGCAGCAUGUAAACAGGGAAAAUAACAAAUGUAUGUGUUAGUUUGUGUCUGACUAAAGGACGACUUGUUGACAGCAGUGACUCCAUUCCCAUUUCCUCCUUGCAGUACAAGUCACCGCACUGGCAUUAAUUAUGAAAAAUAGUUUAGUGUACUGAGUCUGAGCUGGAAGGAAUCAUGAUGAAUGUUGUCCAGAGGAAUCUGGCGGCCGCCGUCCUGUUUGGUUCCACGAAUAAUUGAAGGCCAGUGUACUUUCUGACAGAAACAUGCUUUAUGAGCUCAGGGCUGGUGUAGCAGUUUAGACUGCAGCCUAUGAGCGCAGCACCAUCUCCUUUUCUUCUCCUGACGCUCUCAGCUCAGUGUGUUUUCCGAUGGGGGACCUAAUCAGACUCUCUGUAUGUAUCAUCAGUACGAGACAUUCACCACAUCAGGAGUCGGCGUGUAAUAGUGAUAACCUUCUGCAGUCUACCGCAUCUGCUUCCUCUGCAGUUUACCCCUGCUCCAUAUUUUACAUAAAGUUAUUUUGUGUUUAGACAGCAAUACGUGAUGCACUUACCGUUAUAUGCUUCACAAACACUUACACUGACAGUGUUUCAUUUAUUCAAAUGCAGUCAGCUCAGACAGCAGCUAUAUGAAGACAAACAGCUGAAAAACAAGCAAAAUAUAUUAGAUUUAGGUGCAUAUCAAACCAAAUACUCUUCUUCUUGUGGUUUUAUAACACGAAAGUCUGUUAUUCCUAUUCUCUUUCAAAGCUAGUUGAAAUAUUUCUUCAUUUUUUACAGUUUUCAAAUAGUUUGAAAUGAUUUUUUUAGAUCAGCAGAGAGUUAAAAAAAAUCAGUGCACAGUAAAAGCAGAUGGAAACUCGCUCUCUAAUGUCAGUAAUAUUAAUAAAGGAGGCUAAUGCACUGAAAAAAUGCAAGUUUCGACUAGUGUUUUUGUCUUUUUUUCUGCUUAGAAAUGUCCUAUGAGACUUAACACAAGCCACAUUCAUGUAGCAAGCCCAGAUAAACAUCUCAUUUUAAGAUAUGUAAAGAACAGGCCUAUAUGAGAAAAAACACCUGCCAAUGUAAUGAGCAAAACAAACUAUUUUUAAAGUUACUUGUAAGCAGAAAAAAAGUCUUAUUUCAUGAAAUUUAGAAAAUUUGCUACCUGCAUGUGUGAGAGUAAUCUACUGUAUGUGGGGACUUUGCCCUUAAGUUUCAGCCCCGCCCCCUUUUGGGUGGAAGCAGUCAGUCUGAAUUGAGUGGUGGUAAAUGGAAGCUCCAGGCUCUUUUGCAAAAUAUUUGCUAAAAAUGCAAGUUAUGUAGGAAUACGAGAGCCCCAAGACUGUUGUUUUAAUCCUGCUCUUUUGAACAUGUCAUUGUCAUUUUGUUGUGAGCACCUUUUGUGUAGUAUUGACUAUAAAUGAGAACAAAAAUUAGUUUUGAGAAGGAAUUCACUGUGAUGGACUCCUUCCCCAUCACAGGGGGCUGCUGUCAUCCAUUGUCAGAUAUUUUUGCUCAUAACAAAUAAUUCAGGCUUUUCUUUGCUUACAAUAUCUUAAUUAGAUAUAUUAGAUGUUUCUGGAUUAAUCAGUGAAAGUGUCAUGUAAUAAGUCUGAUUAAAUAUUUCUCACUAAAUGUUACAAGAAUUCACUAAGAUUUGUUUUUUACAGUGUGAAACCCUGCAGCAGAAGCCCUAAGCUGUAAGAGGAUUUCAGUCUAAUGGUCAAAGACAUAAUUGCAGCGUUGCAAAAUGGCUUAAAGUUUUAGAGACUCUUUUGAGUGAAAGACUUUCUUUUGCUUCAAGGUUAUCAACCAUUCAGCGGAUCCAAACUCCUAAGAAGGACUUUGCUGUCUUUCUUAUACAAGCCUUACAAAAGCAGAAGCUUUCAUGUGUUUUCAAUGCUUCUCUGGAAACAUCUAUCAAGACAAAUGGAAAACGUUGUGUUUUCAUAAUAGCUAGUGUAACAAUAAUUUUGAAAAUAAUUGUGGGGUGUGAAGUUAGCCGAUGCCAGACUUCUGUAACCCGCUCUUUAUCUCUGCUUGAGGCUAAUGACUCAAGGCUACUUCACUGCAGCACACAGGUUACUCUAUAUUAUCAGUGAUCCAGGCAUAAGGUUUCUCUAAGGAAGAAGAAUGGGUGGAAUAAAAAUGAUGAACUCUCUGGUUUUACUGCUUCAAUUUUGAUCCAUCUGUCCAUUUUAGAGUCGAACAUUGACCACUCGUAGUACAAUCACAGCAUAAAAACUCUUUUUCUCUUUAUUUGAUUUUUCAGGGCACAGAUGUGGAAAGGGAUUCCUUGUUAGGUUUUAGUCAAGCAUUCUAUAUUCGUUCUCUGUUGUCCCUACCUCAUUGCUGUUUAGUUUAAACUCUUAAACAGUUAAACUUAGAGCUCAGUAUCACUGAUCUCUGAGUUUCCGGCUCUUGUGGGCUGGUAUAAAACCCAGCAGAGAAGCAUCUGUAGAGUAAUGAGACCAGAUCUCUUUGGACUGUUUCCUAAUUAGAUGAGGAUUUCAUUUACACUUUGGACUGACAGAUUUCCUCUUUCUCAUCACACAUGCUACAAAACACCACUCAGGUCGAAAUGAAAUACACACACAAAAAUUCACAGCUGUCCGUUCAGACAUCAAGGAGCAGGAAUCACAAUUGACAGGCCAAGAAAUGAGCUGGAUGUAUGUGUGACUGCAGGAAAGUGUGUAUCUGUGCCCGAGUGUGUGAAUAAGUGUGUCUGUUUUCCUCUUCAUGUACUCAAAGAAAACCCUCAAUCAUGGCUUUGGCAUGUUUUUAUCAGCAGUUAUAGAUUUUCCUUUAUGUUGUCAGGCCUGAGUCUGCAGGUUUGAAAAAAAAAACUUGUGCUCCUUGCUGUAAAUCACUUCCUUUUCUGUCAUACUGCAGCGGUGGUGUAUCAAUUCUCAGAUUCUCAGAUCUCUCCCCUGACAGCAGUGACCCAGCAAAUGAGCCAACCUGUAACACAGUUUUGUUUCUGUUUUCUAUUGUGUGCACAGGCGAUUCCAAAUGAAAAUGAGUCGUAGCUAUAGAGGCUCAAAUAAAGUCCUGACAUGCAUGCACUGAAUAUGAUGGCAAAAGGUUUUGUGUUACUGCAGCUUGAACAGUAAAAUCACAACAGGAAGUUAUUUAUUUGUGAUCAUACUGAGAUUGUUGUUUUUCUUGAGAUAAAGAAGCAAAUCACUACCAUAUUUUUUGGAGUUGCCCUUAUGUGACUCUAUUUUGGUUAAAAAUGUAUAAGAUAUUUGAGGCUGUUUAUGUGUCAAAAAGUCAUAUAAACUACACGUUGUUGUGCCCGGUAAAUUUAAGGGGCCUCAAAUGAAAAAAGAAGGAUAAAUGGAUAUAAUAUAUAAAAAGCCCUUAACCAAGAAAUGGCUUAAAACAGAAAUACCCUCUGUAGAUGAAUAGACUGAUCUGUUACAUAACAUCCUUGUAAUGGAUGGUAAAAGGAAAACAUUUGAUUUUACUUCACAAUAAGAUGAAUUUAUCGAAAAUUGGGGAAAAGUGGAUUACAUAUGUUUUUACUUUCAGACCAGACUUCCUGUGAAUAUUUUGUUCUGUUAUUUCUAUACCUCUGUUUACUUCUUUGUUCUCGGAUCCUUACUUUAUUUAAUUACGUUGAAUUUGUCAUGCUUAACUUGUUCGUGUAACUUAAAGGGGGACGUUUCAUCAUAUUAUACUUUGUAUUUUUCUAUGUGCAUAAAAACAGUCAAAAGAUAUUAAGUUGUAGUUUUCUUGAAAAAAACCCAACAUUUUUUAUGUGUAAUAUGAUACACUGAAUAGACAUAGAAAUAUAGUAGAAAAAUCCCAUCAUAAUGAUAUAAGGUACAAUGAAAUUUAAAGUAUGACUUUCAGGAAGUCUCAGUCACACAGUAAACAUUCAUUAAAGCAACAGCAGACUGAAUGUUGCACAGAAGAAAAUGUAUAAUGCAGGAUAUGAAUUCAUACCACACAGAAAUAGAACCAAAGAGCAGAACUGUGACUGAGUGUAGGUGUGUAUUAAUUCAUAUAUAUGCCUCUUAUAUAUUUUGUAAUAAAGCAGACCAUUACUUUCUUCCUUCCCCCCUUUAUUCUCUGUUUUCUUCCUUCCUCAUCCUUACCUCCUUAGCCCUUGUCAUUCAAUGUCAUUACCCAGUGUUUGUCUUAUAGCCUGCUGCCACCUUGUGGACAAAAAUGGUUAAAACCUCCCCUCUAAUUUCUAUCUUGUGUCUCUCCCUUUUUCUUCUUUCCACAGAAAUGUUCAUACAGCGUGGUUAUUCAGUGGUGUGACCUCUGACCUUUGACCUUUAAUUUGACCUGAGUUCAACCUUACAACCUUCAAACACUCUUCUGAUGUAAGUCUAUAUCUAUCUAUCUAUCUAUCUAUCUAUCUAUCUAUCUAUCUAUCUUUGCUAACUACUUCUGUUAUUUCUCUGCUUUCAGGUGUUAAGCAACUUUGCUGAACGUAAGUAUGACAGUAGUCGUCUUAACUAUGUGAACUGUAUUGUUGGUAAUUAAAGUGUUUUGUCUUUGCUGAUUGAAAUUCUUACUUUUUUAACCAAAAUUUUAAAAUACAUUGAGUUAGAUACUCAGUACUUAUUUCCAAAGUUAAAUUCCCCACAGAGCGUUAGUUUAGCCCUGCAGGACAAUGAGUAAAAGCUGUGUUUGUGAUUACUUCAUAUAUUAGCAAUAAGGUGAGUGUGUGUGAAGGAACUUUUUCUCGUUGUCUUAUAGUAUUACACUCCUCUAACACACGUGUCCAAAUGAAAUACUUACAUUUAGGCACACCAGGAUAAAAAUUUCUAAGAUAUUUUACCCACAAAAAUUGGGUCAGGGGUCCAACUAUUGUGAAAGCAAAAAUGAUUUUAAGAUUUUAAAGAUCUAUUCAUAUGCAUCAAGAUUUCUGUUGAUGGGGGGCCAUAAAUAAAUCUGAUGGUCAUAUUAUUUUCUUGUAUUAAAGCUCUUUAAACUUUGCAUGCUCUCCACCCUCCUCUCUCCAUUAUAAAAAUGACCUUUUGAGUUCGCCCCGUUACAGACCUUACACAGAAACAAUGUUCCAGCUAUUCUGUCUGUGUUCGUUCUUACGCUGACCUUUACGUGUGUGUUAAUUAAAAUGUGCUGUGCUGAGGGAGUUUGUUAGAGAUGACAUCACUUCCUGUCUUUGUGUCAGAGUUUGAUGGAGAGCUGGUCGGAUGACAGCUGGAACUGUUGUCAUAACCGGAGGAAUACUGGCCACAGUGAUACUGCUGUGUAUCAUCGCUGUGCUCUGCUACUGUAGACUCCAGGUACUCCUUUAUGAGUGUGUGUGUGUGUGUGUGUGUGUGUGUGUGUUUAUCAUCAAACAACCACAGCUGUGAACUAUUUGAAUUUGACCUUUUGUUUUAGGUUUACUGUAUUUCCAAUUUAAAACCCUGCAAAUGUUUAUAUAUAGGUACAAAUUUAAUGCUCAAUUGAUUCUUCCAUGUAUGAGUCAUGAUUAUUUAAUGCUUGAAUUAAUGUUGAACGUAUCAUUAAGUACUGUUGCUCACCAUACAUUAUUAAUGAAGUCACUAUAGCAGAUUUGAGUUCCUCUGUUAAGGAGCCUAACUCAUAAUUACUUCAUACAUUUGUUCAUAUGGGCUGUAUGAUCUGGGCAUUCAUGUGUAUUUUCCGACUAUACAUUUGUUUAGCUCCUCUGAUUAAAAUAAAGACUUCAUAUAGCCAUUAAUAUCCACCAUUUUUUUUACAUGUUUAAGUAUUGGUGAAGGGGUGUGGUCAUUUUACACUAUUGCACAGUCACAGUUAUAUUAAUGUAACCUUUUUCUUCAAGUACCGCUUUUUCAAAUAUAGUAAAACUGUUUUUUUUUCAUAUGAGAGAUGCUACACAGAUGAGUUUACUAUUAUUAUUGUCAAUGUUAAAGCAUGUUGAUGAUUCACUUGAAACUACUUCACGUCUAUAUCCAGCUAAUGUGGUCCAUAUUAACCAAGUAGUAAUUGAAUCAAGGCUCUUUAAAGUACAAUAUAUUAAAGAUUUACUCUCUUGUUUCUGAUGCUUUUGAUAUUAUGAAAAGGCAACCAUAUGAAUUUCAGUCUAUUUCAUCAGUGUCAAAGAAUUCCUGAAAGGAGCUUUAAGCGUUAAGUAUAACAAGUGUAUCCUUUUUUAUGAAGUGUGACCACUGAGAUUUUUUAGGGACAGAAAAGUAAAAAAAAAAAAAAAAGGAGGUAAGUAAAUGAAGUGCACUUUGUUUUUUUCUGGCAAUUUCUGUGCUACAAGAAGUUGUCAGUAUUUUAAAACAAAAAAAGUUUAAAGCAGGUUUCUUCUUCUGGAGAAUAUAGACUUUCAGUUUAUCAAAAUGACCUCAUGCCAUUAAUUGCUAAGCUUUAAAAGGCAUUUUUUGUCUUUUUUUCCUAGUAGAAUGAAUAUUUCCCAAUCUGCAUGUGCAUAAGUUUUAGACACUAAGAGAGAGGUGAUCUGUUUUUAUCACUUGUAGUCAAAACAGUCAAUACUUGUUCUCAUCAAAUACAUUGUUAAAUGUUUAUUCACUCCCAUAUUUUCUCUCAUAGAAGUAAUCACAUACAGAAAAAAUCAUUUUAUAAUCAAACCCUGCAGAGACAAUUAUGUGCAUUGAUUUGAUAAAGUGAAAUGAGGCAAAAAUGAACAAACUGUACAUCUUAUUUUUGUUCUACUGCACAGUGCUGUGUAUAAAGAUAUGUUUUCCUGUACCUUUUGUGUCUCAUUCUGUUAGACAGUUGCAGGAUUUUUCAGCCCGACAGUUAUUUACAUUCAAAAUGUCAUUAUAUUUACACAACAAAAAUCCAGGCCACCUGUUGGUGUCAAUGUCUUGAGCCGACUCUCCUGUGAUUUGUUACUGUGUAAAUACAGACUGAUUUGAGCUGACUCAACAUGGUGCUCACAAAGAUAAACACUAAACGGUGAAGUGUAAUAUUACAAACUUAUAGACUGUAACGCGACAUGUUUAUGUUAAAGGACUUUGUAGUUUGUGUUAGAGUAGUUCGAUGUGUGAUUUACUUCCCUCUCCCUCUGUAGUACUACUGCUGUAAGAAGAAUGGGUCUGACAGCGCCUCCAUCUCCCAGCAACACUUUGCCUGCAACGCCUGCAGCGUCACCGGCCUGGACGGGCCAAACAUCACCCCUCUGUCCAUGUCCCCACCAGAGCUUCCCUUGUCCUCCUCUGACCUCACCAAACCCACAGUGGGGCGACGCCGUUACUGCCCCACCUGCUCCCCUUAUGACUCACCUUUCUACAUCCGCACCACAGAUGACAUGCGCAACGGUGGCGAGCGUAUCACCUACAUGCCCACACACUAUGACAACCAGGCGCUGUCACUGCCACUGCCCGCCGUCCGAGGCACCAUGCUGAGGGACGCCCACAGAGGAAGACCUUCUGAUUUCUACACCAACACCCGCGCCAUCAGCACCGAGGUGUAAACCCUGACCACCACCCACACACACAGAGACACUCCUCUCUUCACUCAAACAUACACCUAAAUAAUUUCCAAACCUCCUGCAGCAGCUGCUCAGGAUUUGCUCGAUGAAGGCCUGGCAGUGGUGGAGGUCACACGAUCACAUUUAUGAAGGUUUUGUGGUUUCAGUGAGUUUAAAUGAUCAUUUGCUAAAACCUGCUGGAGAUUCAAGAGUUUGACAAACCUAGCUCAUCACUUUAUACCCUUAAACUUUAUGUUUUGUUCACUGAGAUAGUCUUUCUGUAAUUGAAGGUAGAUAGAAAAUGUCCUUUGAGGCCCGUUAUAAAGGGUCUUGUUGUAAAAUUGUAAGCAAUCUGUUGACUGUUACUGUGUCUUUGCUGACUGAGGGCUAUCUUAGAUCAUUUAUGGUUUUUAUUUCCCAAAAUAAAGCAGUUUUGUUGUGACAGGAACAAAGGAGGCUGAAAUAUAGGCUAUUUGAGAAAGUAAAACAUCAAGAAGGAACAGCAAACAUAACCUUUGCAGUUUUCUGGAUCUCUCAAAGCAUGUUUUAGUUACAGGGAUGCUGGAGACAGAUUGAUGACUGGAGCUUUUUCUAUGCAAACUAAUGCAGCUCUUUAUCUCCAGUCAUCACCUUCCUGCCAGGUUUGUCUCAUCAUGUAAUCGUUAACACUGAUAUUAAGAAACAUGUGCAUAUAAAGCCGGAUUAUCCACACAGACGUCAGAGCUCUGAACCUCUGCUUCAUGUGUUGAGGUGUCUAGCCUGUGAUAAAUCAAAGGCACUUGCAGCCCUUGAACACAACGUCGGUCCUCUUGAAGUGAACUGAGAGUUUUUCUUCUGACAUUGAUGCAAAAAGUUUGAUUUGUAAAUAGUGACUGGACACCAGUGAUUCUUCUGUAGAUGUGACCAUGAUGGACUUUGAAUAAGGGGGUGUGAUUGAGUAGUUUGUCGGCACAGUCCUCCUAUACUCCUGUGCUACUUACACAUUAAAUUCUUUUGUUGUUUGGAUUAUUUUAUUCAUACUGAAACAAAUUAAGACCACAUUUAUGUGAUAAAAGACUGUAUCACAGAGACUUUUUUUCUACAUGACACUGGUGCAGCAUUGCUUGCCAUAAACAAUAAUAAUCUGUGAUGGUGGUUGUUAUAUUUGUGUGUGCAGCAGGAUUCACUGACACUAAAUAAGCAAUGCAAGAAACCUUACAUGGAGUGAGAGGGUUGGCUUAUGUUCAAUCAUUCAUCCAAGCAUUAAAUGAAAAUACACUUCCCAAUCUCUUACACGGCAUAAAACAUAAUUAACAUUCAUUCAUCAGCAGCUACUCUUUGAUUUCUUGAUAGCUUUUCCAUUAAGUUUGAAUUAAGGCCAACUUCAGCUUUAUUACACUUUAAAUCUUGGAACUUCCUCAGACCGUAUAUCUCCAUAAUUAUGAGUUUUCUCUGAAUUGAUCAUAAAAAGCAAAACUGGUUUGAUGAAAGCUGAUCAUUAAAGUUGGACAGUUUCAAUGUUUGGGUGAAAUCUUGGCUGGAAAAUCUGUGCUAAAAUCUCUGCAGAGGAUUCAGUGUAAGAGAGUAAGUCAUGUUGUUGUCCACCAAUAGGAAUCUGUUGAUUUGUCAUCAUUUAUUUAGGUAUUGUAUUAUCUAUAUAUUUUACUACUUACCUAACUAGUUAUCUUUGAAAACAGAAAAAGGCUUUUUAGAAAUGUGUUAACAUAAAAAAUUGUACCUGAUAAAUACAGAAACAGUAAUAUUUGACAGUGUUAACUUUUGACAAUUAAAGAUUUGUAACUGCUUGAAAUGGCUCUUUGUGUGAUGAUUGACAAGACUCCAAAUACACAUGGUCUCAUCGAUUAA